AUGCUGACGGUCAAGAACAUGUCCACUGACAUCGUCGAGAAACAGCUCGAAUCCCUCGGUUCGCUGAUCACGCAGAAGCCACCGUUGUGCAGCGGCACGCUUCAGCUCCCCUACGAGCAGUUCAUCCUGUUUUACGGGAAAGAAGGGGAUGCACGGCGCGUGAAUUUGUCCAGUGCAUCUGACGAAGCGCUUGCGCAUCUCGCGCAGACGUGCCAUGCCGCCACAUUCGGCGUGCACCAACGCGACGUGCUGGACGAGUCCUACAGGAAGACGGGCAAGCUCGACCUCGCAGACUUCGCGAUGCAGUUCGACGCCGCCCGUACUGGACUCGUCGAUGUUGUCCAAACGGAAUUGUUGGAGGCCCAGCGUCCGCGGGCCGUCCACGCGGAGCCGUACAAGCUGAAGGUCUACAGCCCGAGCGCGUUCUUCAAGUCGCACGUGGACACCCCGCGUAGCGAAGCAAUGUUCGGCUCGCUCGUCGUCGUCUUCCCCACACGUCAUGAAGGCGGGUCCCUGGUCCUGCGGCACGACGCGAAGGAGUGGCCGCUCGACUUCGCGCGCAUCCUCGCGGAGCAAUCCGGGCCGAGCCGCGCGUUGCUCGGGCCUGCCGCGCGGGGGCUGGGGGUGCAGUCGCUCACAUCCUCGGAGUCGCAGUUCAAGGAGCGGUUCAGGGCGCUGCUGGAUGCUCCUGUAUUCUUGCCCCGGGGCGGCCAUCUGGGCUUUGGGCUCCGCCACAAGUAUCCGCUGAACACCGACUUCAGCCGGGGGUUCCAUUCGGACGAGGACGAGGACACAGAUUUGGAUGAGGACAUGUACGAAGGCACUGAUGAGGACCCGAACGCGAAUGUGGAUGCGGGCGCGAACCAGGAGGUCGUGAGGGCGAGUGUGGACAACACGAAGAGUGAGGAGGAGCCGGACAACACGGAGAGUGAGGAGGAGCCCGCCGAUCAGAAGGUGUCUCUGCAACACCUGCUCGCGUACCUGAAGGGGAGCGACGCAGCGCUGCUGCACGCCUGCCGGGAGCUCUCCCUGCGCGUGUCCGUGCGGCUGCUGUACAAGGGCCACAAGGCAGACACGCUGGCGGAUCGCGUGCUGGAUCUGACGGAAGGCGCGAUGGAUGAUCCGCUGUGGUGCAACGUGCGAUACCAUGGAGGAAAGCUGCUGAGUGACACGGAGAAUGUGCGGCGGGACAUGGAGGUGCGGUGGGUGACAACUCCGCCAAAGGAGAAUUUGCUGAGCAGCCCGUUCGUAGCGUAUGGAAAUGAGGCGAGUAUUGGGUAUGCAUACAUGUAUCUGUGCUUGCUGGUGGAUGUCGGAAAGGCUGGGAAAAGGGCAACGGCGUAG